AUGAAAAAGCCAUUCUACCUCACACAUCCUGCGUCCAUUCAGUACAGCUAACCGACAUGACCAACACGGCACUCGUCUUCGGCGCAUCAGGCGUCUCUGGAUGGGCGUUCGUCAAUGAGAUACUCAACGACUACCCUCAGAAGAACGUAUGGUCGGGCGUGCACGCUCUGACGAACCGUGCUCUCGAUCCCCAAGCAGCUCUGUGGCCCAAGGAUGACAGGCUCACCGUGACUUCGGGCAUCAAUUUGCUCGAGGGUUCCCAGCAGGAUGUCGAGCGCAAACUCGCUGGGAUUCCGGGCAUCAAAAAGGUCACACAUGUGGUCUAUCUUGCCUUCAAAGCCAGCACGGACACCGCCCUCGAAGUAAAAGAAAACAUCGAAAUGUUCAAACGCGCCAUCACAGCCGUCGACAGACUUUGCCCCUCGCUGGCCUUUGUCGUCAACCAAACCGGCUCCAAGACCUACGGCUGUCAUCUUCUUCAUGACCGCCCCGACUACCUCAAACCACCCUUCAAAGAGGACGGCCCCCAUCUCGGACCCCCAGGCUCCGAGACCAUUUUCUACACCACACAGCUAGAGUGGCUGACCGGGUUCGCCAAGGAGAAGGCUUGGUCCUGGGCCGAGACGAGACCCGAUAUUAUCAUCGGGUUCGUGCCGAACCAGAACUUCUACUCAUUGGGUAUGGCGUUGGGUUUCUUCCUCGCUCUGUACAGAGAGAAGCACGGCGCGGGCGCAGAGUGCCCCUUUCCCGGCACAGACGCGUCCUGGAAAGCAAAGUGCCAAGAUUCCUCGUCGGACAUGAUUGCACGUCAGACGAUUCAUAUUAUGCUCUCACCCAAGACAACCAAGGGACAGGCCUUCAACGUUGCCGAUGAGCGGAAGGCGAGUACAUGGGAGGACAAGUGGCCCGUACUCUGCAGUCUUUUCUCCCUGAAGGGUGUCAAGGCGCCACAUGACAACCCGAUUGAGGUGCGCAAGUUUAUCAAGGAGAAUUACGGGACGUGGGAGGCAAUGGAGGAAAAAUAUGGUCUUGUCAAGGGUCACGCGGACAAUGACCGUGUUAUCCCUGGCUUUGAGUAUUUCCUGCUGACAAUGUUCGAUGUGGAUCGGCAGUUUGAUAUGGGCAGGGUGUAUGAUGAGUUGGGCUUUGCAGAGGAGAGGAGUGUCAAGGAGACGUGGGAGCGGGUCUUUGGAAGGAUGGCCAAGGCGAAGCUGAUUCCAGCGACUUCCAAGUGAAACUGGGUUAUCGAAAAGAAUGAGGUAUCAUCACGACGCCCAGUUGACUCGGCCUGUGGGACGAUACGUGAAAGUGUCGCGUGAGGCGUGUUGGCGGAACCAAUUGGGUAGUGGGAAGACGACCUCGGUGCUGCACCUGACGCAUGAAUACAAGAUAGGAGAAAGACAUGAACGUUACCCAGCCGGUCUUGCUAUUUGCUUGCGAUCAAUUGACGCGGCAACAUUCGAUGUACAAGCCCGGUCUGUGGACAUGGACUGUGAAGCAUCCCCCAACCAAGGAAGAUGCAAAU